AGCUGUCGCAAACAAACAAACGCAAAAAAGCAGAAAAACCGGCGCCGAAAUUUGAGGUUAUUGUGUGUGUGCGCGUAUAAAAUUGCGAAAAUUUUUAAAAUUUUAUUGAAUUACUAAAGAAUUUUAAAAGUAUUAAUAAAAAUAUUGAAAAAAACAUGGCUGCCAACUUUAGUUUUACCAAAUUAGCCAGUGAAUUAUCCGAAGAAGGCAUUAGUUUUGCCGAUAAACAACUUAAAUGGGAUUCAGCCAAAGAUGUUGAGGAUGUAGUUAGAGCUUUGGAUAUGCAAAAAGUAGUACAUUAUCUUAAAUUAGAUGGCAAUACUUUGGGUGUAGAGGCAGCUGCCGCCAUUGGCAAAGCUUUGGAAAAACAUCCUGAAUUCCGUAAAGCCUUAUGGAAAAACAUGUUUACCAGCCGUCUUAAAGCAGAAAUUCCUGAGGCUUUAAAAUUACUUGGCAAUGGCAUGUCUAUAGCAGGAGCUAAACUCACCGUACUCGAUUUAAGUGACAAUGCCAUUGGACCUCAUGGCAUGGUGGGCUUAGAAGAACUUUUACGUUCUCCCGUCUGCUACAGUCUACAAGAAUUACACAUGAACAAUUGUGGUUUGGGUAUCUAUGGCGGCCGUAUGUUAUCCGAAGCUAUUAUCGAUUGUCAUCGUAAUAGUACUGCUGCGGGUACACCACUUAAACUAAAAGUUUUCAUUGGUGGUCGUAAUCGUUUAGAAAAUGAGGGUGCCAAAGCUAUUGCUAAAAUAUUUUCUACCCUUAAGACUUUGGAAGAGAUUGCAAUGCCACAAAAUUCUAUUUAUCAUGAGGGUAUUGCUGCUCUGGCGGAGGGUUUUAAACAGAAUACAAAUUUGAAGGUUUUAAAUUUGAAUGAUAAUACUGUGACCAGCAAGGGAGCAGCUCAUAUAUCGGAGGCUUUAGCCCAUAUGCCACACUUGCGUGAAAUAAAUUUCGGUGACUGUUUACUUAAGACCAAUGGGGCCUAUCAUUUUGCCGAAGCUUUAGAGGAAAAUCAUCGUGAAUUGGAAGUUUUAGAUUUGGGUUUCAAUGAAAUUGGACCCGAUGGUGGUUUAGUUUUAGUGACAGCUUUACAAAAUAAACCCAAUUUAAAAAGAGUCAAUUUAGAUGGUAAUCAAUUUGGUUUUGAGGGACGUGAACGUAUUAAGGAGGGUAUGCAAUGUACUGCUAAUCCAAAUGCUUUAGAAGAAAUGGAAGAAGAUCAAUCGGAGGGUGAAGAAGAUGAAGACGAUGAUGAGGUAGAUGACGAAGAGGAAGAGGAUGAUGAUGAUACUGUUGAUGAGGAAAUCGAUGAAGAAGAAGAUAUCUAUGAUGAUCAUCAUAAUGACACCACAGAGGAAGCUGAUGAAGAAGAUUAUGGUGAAAAUGUAGCAGAAGAGACAGCUUAUACUACCACACAAGCAUUUACCACUAAAAUGCUUAAUGCCAAUGAAUCGUUUAUAUCCAAUAAAAGUGUUACUUUUGAUACCACCGCCACUAAUAUGGAUGCCACAGCUGAGUCCUUUUGUCUCAGUCAAAAACCUUGUUCUCUACAAAUGUUUGAAUCUUUAACAGAAGUCGAUAAAUUGCAAGCUUUCAAAGGCAUUAUGGAGCAAUUCACCGAUGACAAUUAUCUCUUACUGCUCAUCUUUACCACAUUGAAAUGUGGCCAUUUAGCUCAAGCUUCUAGCACAGCUUUAGACUUGGCCAUGUCUUUGUUUAAGGAAUGCAUAGAUUAUGCUGUAAAAACCAAACAAGAACGUCGUGUUUUAAACUAUUUACUCAUACAAUUGGGUCUUAUGCGUUCUGAAAUGAAAUUCAAAACGGCUUAUAAUUUGAAAUCCUGUCAGUAUGCAUUAAGAGAAACUUUAAAUAAGAAAUCGUUGGCUAGUGAACAUAUGAAAAAUACUUUAAAAGUUUUUCUAGAACAAGUGGGAGCUUAAGGAAAAUGCAUAUUCUCACUAAUCAUUCCUUAUGGUUUGUUUAAUUUUAAAUUCUUUUUUUUUUAACAAAAUUUCUUUUUUUCUUUUAGAAACCAAAAAAAAAAACUAUAUUUGUUAAACUCCCACUUAUUUAUUUUUUCUUUUCUACACA